UGGAACCUGAGUCAUGGGAGCUGAUGAGAAUGGGCUCCUUCCAGAAGCAAGUACAUGUUGAAGAAAGAACAGAGGGAAUGUUCCCCCUUGGGUCCAUCCUGGUCCCUUCCUUCCCUGCAUCCCUGAUGGGACCUGCGGUUCCCUGAGUCUACUUGCCACCGGGGGCGGGUGGCACCCAGGCGGCGGGGAAGGGGGGACAGUGACAGCCCAGCCGGCUUUGAGGAACCUUGCAGAGGAAGUGGCUUCAGAACUGCUGUGCGCGAGGGGCAGGAAAGGCGCGGGAGGCGGGGGAGGUGCGGAGAUGGCGCUCUGCAAGGCGGCGGAAGGAGGGAGCUGGUGCCGGGGACACGAAACCGCAGAGCCCGGGCGAGUCAGGGAGUGAGGUACGAGCCAGGCACCCGGGGCUCUACAGGCGCAGGCGGCGCGGGGACAGGAGCAGGUUACCCGGCCGCUCGCCCGCACCGGGUGAAGGAAACGCAGGCAGCCAGCCGGCUCUGCUUGGCCAGGUACUCGACCAGCUCCUGGCUCGGGGCUCAGGGCUUGGGGCUCAGGGCUUGGGGCAGAGCCCGGGGAGGGGCGCCCACCUCCCUCCGCCGCAUCCCGAGCCCGGCCCCCUCUGAUGCGCUGGCGGCCUCAGGCGGGAGCUCCGGGCUAGAUGACCGUGGACAGCAGCAUGAGCAGUGAGUACUGCAGCCUGGACCAGGAGCUGGAAGACUGCUUCUUCACUGCUAAGACCACCUUUUUCAGAAAUGCGCAGAGCAAACGUCUUUCAAAGAAUGUCUGUAAACCUGUGGAGGAGACACAGCGUCCACCCACACUGCAGGAAAUCAAGCAGAAGAUCGACAGCUACAACACGCGAGAGAAGAACUGCCUGGGCAUGAAGCUGAGUGAAGACGGCACCUACACGGGUUUCAUCAAAGUGCAUCUGAAGCUCCGGCGGCCUGUGACGGUGCCUGCUGGGAUCCGGCCCCCAUCCAUCUAUGACGCCAUCAAGGAGGUGAACCUGGCAGCCGCCACGGACAAGCGGACAUCCUUCUACCUGCCCCUCGAUGCCAUCAAGCAGCUGCACAUCAGCAGCACCACCACUGUCAGUGAGGUCAUCCAGGGGCUGCUCAAGAAGUUCAUGGUCGUGGACAAUCCCCAGAAGUUUGCACUUUUUAAACGGAUACAUAAGGAUGGACAAGUUCUCUUCCAGAAACUCUCAAUUGCUGACUGCCCCCUCUACCUGCGCCUGCUCGCUGGGCCUGACACGGAGGUCCUCAGCUUUGUGCUAAAGGAGAAUGAAACCGGAGAGGUGGAGUGGGACGCCUUCUCCAUCCCUGAACUUCAGAACUUCCUAACAAUCCUGGAAAAAGAGGAGCAGGACAAAAUCCAACAAGUGCAUAAGAAAUAUGACAAGUUUAGGCAGAAACUGGAGGAGGCCUUAAGAGAAUCCCAGGGCAAACCUGGGUAACCGGUCCUGCUUCCUCUCCUCCCGGUACACUCGGAUUUAUUUUUAUUAUUAAUUAUUAUUUUGCAACAGACACUUCUUCUCAGGACACCUCUGGCGGGUGCAUUUGUGCCUGCCAAGCAGUUCCAGAUGUGGCAAAAGUCUCUUCCAUGGACAAGUGUUUGCAUGGGGGUUCAGCUGUGCCCGCCCCCAGACUGUGCCCCACCAGACUCUGCCAAGGAUCAGAACUUAUGUGAAACAAACAGCCAACGUCCUCUCCUGUCUACAAGCCUUUCACCAACCAAAUAGCUGCCUCUCUUGUCACCAAACUGGAAGCUCACACCAGCCGGCAAAGGAAGGAAGGUUUUAAAGCGAUGUGUUAUUUCUCUGGCUUUGAUUCUUCUUUGAGUUCUCUUAUUUGCCACCUACAGUACCUUUAUUUAAAAAGUUGUAGCACAUUCCUUCUGCAGGUCUGAGCUAAGCCCCUGAAAACAGGAUAAUGCUCAUAAAAGGACUGUUCCCACGGCCCACGGUGCCUGUUGUUCACACUUAAGGGAAGCUUAUAAAGCUACUGGCCCCAGAUGCUCAGGGUAAGGAGCCCCAAAGCUGAGGCUGGCUCAGAGAUCUCCGGAGAAGCUGCAGCCUGCCCUGGCCCUGGCCCUGGCCCAUAUUGCACAUGGAAACCCAAAGGCAUAUAUCUGUGUAUGUGUGGUACUUAGUCACAUCUUUGUCAACAAACUGUUUGUUUUUAAGUUACAAAUUUGAAUUUAAUGUUGUCAUCAUCCUCAAGUGUUUCCCCAAGGGGAAGCCAGCCAUUGACCAUUUAAAAAGUCUCCUGCUGAGUACAAAAAUCAGGCAGUAAGAGAAAGCCAAAAAGUGAUGCAGAGAAACGUGUCCAAGCUGUCUUCAGCCUUCCCCCAGCUAGAGAGCAGAGGAGGGCCUGGGCUGCUUGGGUUCUCCCUCGGCCUCCAGCACUGCCUCCCUCCUCCCACUGGGACUCUGGGAUCUCCCGGUGCUGCCCAAGGAGUUGCCUUGAUUACAAAGAGGGGAGCCUCCAAUUCAGCCAACUUGGAGUCCUUUCUGUUUUGAAGCACGGGCCGGCCCCAGCACUGCACGCAGAGAGCUGGUGGGCCUGUCCUCCCCGUCAACCUCAGUGCCUUUUUGUUUUCAUAGAGAAACGGGAGCAGAGUGAGUUUGCCUGAAGCUCUGCUGCUGGCUUCUCCUGUCAGGAAGUGGACACCAGACCACAUUGACAGGGAGGAUCAGAUUCCUGACUCUACAUUUGUACUGGCUCCUUGUUUAGGCUGAAUCCUAAAGUACAUUAGCCAAACAAUUCCAACAAGUAGCCAGGACUGCAAAGACACGCCAACGCAGAGGGAGAAGGACUUGUAAUUUUCAAAGCAGGGCUGGUUUUCCAAUCCAGCCCCGAGAAACCAUUUCUUGGCUAUCCUCUGCCUUCCCAAGUACCUCUUGGGUGGGAUCAAGCCCAAGCUUGUUUGUGUAGCUUCAGAAGUUCCCUCCCUGACCCAGGCUGAGUCCAUACUGCCCCUAAUCCCAGAAGGAAUGCUGACCCUCGUCGUAUGAACUGUGCAUAGUCUCCAGAGCUACAAAGACAACACAAGCUCGAAACUCUAAGAUUUUUUUAAACCACAAAAACCCUGGUUAGUCAUCUCAUGCUCAGCCUUAUCACUUCCCGCCCUUAAAAAAACCCCUCUCCCUGCUGUAUAUUAAAGGGAGCAGGUGGAGAGUCAUUUCCCUUCAUCCUGCAUGUCUCUAACAUUAAUAGAAGGCAUGGCUCCUGCUGCAACCGCUGUGAAUGCUGCUGAGAACCUCCCUCUAAGGGGAUGGCUAUUUUAUUUUUGAGAAGGAAUAAAAAAAGUUAUGUAUAUAGACACAUAAAGGCAUAUAGCUAUAUAUAAAGAAAUAAGGGUGUUUAUGAAAUGAGAAAGUUAUGGGACAAUUCAGACUUUAUCUAAAGCACAGUUAGACCCAAGGCCUAUGCUGAGGUCUAAGCCUCUGAAAAAUGUAUAGUAUAGGGUACCCCUUCCCUCCCAGAAGUGGGAAUAAUUGCUGGUAGUGCCUUCUCUGGUUGUGUUGCUCAAUGUGUAAGUGUUUGUUUCAAGGAUAUUUUCUUUUUAAAUGUCUUUCUUAUAGGGGUUUUAAAAAAAAGUAAUAAAAGCCUGUUGCAAAAAUGA